AUGAGUUGUCGAGGAUCCAGAAUCCGCAAUUCGAAAAGCAACUGGGCCUGGGGCGGACCUGGAUGCUUUGGUUGUCUGCAGGAAAUUUUUUGGCGGGGCCAGGUCUCCACUAAAAACUUUCCCAGAGCGUGGGAUGUCAUCAGGUCGCGCCAACUGCUAAACUUUUUGCACCGAAGCCUUCGACAAUCGCUUCCCUCUUUGCGCCACACCGCACAGCGAGCUGUCGACGACAAAGAUGCCUUCCUCGACGACAAAAAAGGCGGCAUCGAAGGCGAAGAUGCCUUCCUCCAAGCGACAAAAGGUGGCGCAAACGAGCUCGUCUUCCAAACCGAAUCUGAUUCCGAAGACAAUAUCGCAGCCGAUGCCGAUUCCGAUGUCGAGAUCAAUGCUGACGUUACUGCCGAUGCCACUGAGGAAGUGACCAAGAGCUUCAAGGAGCUGGGUGUCGUCGAGUCCCUAUGCGAAGCAUGCGAAUCUCUCGGAUACAAGAAGCCCACACCUAUUCAGGCUCAGUCAAUCCCUCACGCCCUUGCGAAUCGCGAUAUCAUUGGUCUGGCCGAGACAGGUUCAGGAAAAACGGCGGCUGCUUGGUCAAGUGUCCAAGACUCUUGUGCGAUUGUAAUGUGGAAAUCCGAUCGUCAUCGACUUUCACAGAUCCCCUGCCGUUUUCCUCUACCCGUCACGACUUUCGCACUCCCCGUUAUUCAAGCACUCUUGGAGAAACCUCAACCGUUCUUUGGACUUGUUCUCGCGCCCACAAGAGAGUUGGCGGCACAGAUUGGUGCACAGUUCGAGGCACUUGGUAGCCUGAUCAACUUGCGAUGCGCCGUAAUUGUCGGCGGUCUCGACUUCGUCUCUCAGGCUAUUGCUCUCGGCAAGCGCCCCCAUAUUCUUGUCGCUACACCCGGACGUCUAGUUGAUCACCUCGAGAAGACUAAGGGUUUCUCCUUGCGCUCGCUGAAGUACUUGGUGAUGGACGAAGCCGAUAGACUGCUUGACAUGGAUUUCGGCCCAGCCAUCACCUCUCUCCUCAAGUUUCUCCCCCGCGAACGCCGAACUUUCCUCUUCUCCGCUACGAUGAGCACAAAGAUCGAGAGUCUGUCCCGGGCCAGUUUGAGAGACCCAGUCCGCGUCAGCAUCAGCUCCAACAAAUACCAGACGGUCAAGGGGUUGAUCCAGCACUACUGCUUUGUUCCUCAUACGCAAAAGGAUACCUACCUGAUUUAUCUUGGUAACGAGUUCGCCGGCAAGCGCAUCAUCAUCUUCGCCCGCACUGUUGCGGAGGUGCAACGGUUGUCGAUCCUGCUGCGUGCGUUAGGAUUCUCCGCCAUCCCUCUGCAUGGACAGCUCAACCAGACUGCUCGUCUUGGUGCGCUUUCCAGGUUCCGUGAAGGAACUCGCCAGAUUUUGGUCGCCACCGAUGUCGCUGCCAGAGGUCUCGAUAUUCCGCUCGUCGACGUUGUCAUAAAUCACGACUUGCCGCAGGACAGCAAGACCAUGAUUCAUCGAAUCGGUCGUACCGCUCGUGCCGGAAAGUCAGGCAUUGCCAUCAGUCUAGUCACACAAUACGACCUCGAAAUUUACCUGCGAAUCGAGGCCGCCCUCGGCAAGAAGCUGACCGAGUACCCCACGCAAAAGGACGAGGUCAUGGUCUUCCAGAGUCGCGUUGAGGAGGCACAAAGACACGCCAGAAUGGAGAUGAAGAAUCUGAUGGAGAACCAAGGCAAGAAGGGCUCGACUCUCAAGGGUGGGAAGAAAGGCAAGGGCAACAAGAGGCGUCACGACGACAUGGACGCUGAGGAGGGCUAA